GGCACAAGGUUGAAUCAAACGAUGCCGGGCUGCAUCUGACAAAUCGACUACAAAUUGGCGUGCAGAUUGUCCGGCGGCUACUCUAUCUUUUGCAGUGAAAACUCUCCUCGUGCGCGCUGAACCUGGCUUGGACGUCUACUAGAAUGGCUUCCGCUACUCGGAAAAUCCUUCUGCUUCAUGGGUAUUCCCAGAAUGCGAACAUCUUCAGCAAACGGAUGGCAGCGGUGCGCAAAUCCAUGGCGAAAGACAACGUCGAAUUUGUCUUCGUAGACGCUCCCAUCGUCCUGCAACCUGCUGACAUCCCGAGCAAUUGGGGCGUACCGCUCGAAGCGUUGGGCGCGCCGGAAGCGGCAGCCGCGGACGAGGACCCGUCGCUCAUGCCCCGAGGCUGGUGGCGCGCGAACCCGGAUCGGUCGAUCAUGACGGGGAUAGAGGAGAGCAUCGCGCUGUUGAGGGAUAUGUUGAGUCGGGAUCGGUACGAAGGCGUAUUUGGAUUCAGUCAGGGUGCCGCCAUGGCUGCGAUAAUCUCCGCCCUGCUAGAAAAGCCCGAUCUCCACCCACCCUUCCUAAUCGACGGGAAACCGCCGCAUCCACCUCUCACAUACUGUGUCGCCGUCUCAGGCUUCCGCCCCUCGAGUCCGCUCUGUGAUGCCCUCUUCACACCCUCCUACAACACGCCGACACUACACAUCCUCGGCAAGGGAGAUGUGAUCGUCGUUGAGGAGCGGAGUCAGGGCCUGAUCGACGUCUCGGCAAAUAAGCGUGUCCUGGUGCACGACGGCGGUCAUUUCGUCCCGCUGAAGGCGAGCUGGCGGUCGUUCUUCAAAGAAUAUUUCCUCAAUCCCACCGGCGACAUACCGGCGCCUGCGGGUGCUGUCAGCGACUCUCUAAAGAGUGCAGAGGGUAAUUGAUCUUUAGCAAGAUAGCUUGGAUAUACGAGGGUUACCCACGUUACAUGGUC